AUGCUUGGUAAAGACAAGGAAGCCCGGGCCCAUAGAGCAGAAGGGGCGGGGGAGCAGGGGCGGGGACAGUGCAUUCUGAACUUUCCCAAGCCGAGCGCCCGGAGAUGCGGCUCCCAGGGGACCGGGUGGGACCAGCAAAGGCUGGGCCGACUUGUGACAUCGGCGGGGGCACGAAGCGAACCUCCACUCCGCCUAAAAGGAUCUCUGCCCCUAGCAGGCGUCCCCCGCCAGCCAUCGCCAACCCGCCAGCGCCCCCGGGCCGGGGCACAGUGGCGAGAGGCGCCCACACAAAAGGGGGAGCGGUCGCAGAAGGGUCUCAGGGCGGCGCCGGCUCAGGGAGGCCUCGCUUCCCUUCCCCGCCCAGCCCGCCUGCGACCACCCCGCUGUCCCGCGCCCGGCUCCCAACCCCUAGAUGCCCGCACGUCCCGCGCGCCCGCGGCCUGGGGUGGGGUGGAGGCUCGGGAAGGAAGCGAGGGCCGGGACGCCGCACGCGGUUGGGGCGGCGCGGGCUCCCGGGAAGCCUUGGCGGCAGCACCGGGAAUCAAACUCGCGCUGGCCCGGCUCUCCCGGCGGCGCCUCAGCGCUCGGUGCCCGAGAAGAGGAGAGGGAAGCCCUAAAUGCGGUCCAAAAGCAACGCAGUUGCCGGGGCUGGGGACGCCGGUUGAAGAUUGGGAAAAUUCCCGCGGGUCUCCCCCGCACCAGCCGCAGUGACUCCCGGGCUGGUGGGGCAGGAGGACACGGACGAGGAGCCUCGGUCUCCCGAGCAGAGCGGGGUGCGGGGUGUCCUGCCCCUCCCUGCUCGGGAGCGACGCGGGGAAGGGGCACCCGGGAGAGGGUGGAGCGGGGAGGCCCGAGACCCGGGUUGGGGAACCGAGGAGCAGAGCUACCCGGAGCGGGUCCCACACGUGGACGCACGUCUGGGCGUGGGGCAGCUGAGUUGUGGGCUAGGGGCAGCCCCCUGGGAGUUAGGGCUCUGAAAAGGAAACGAACGUUGAGUUCAGAGGA